UCCGGCCCGUAGCGCGGAGUGGCAGGGAUCGUGAUGCGUCGGGGGACCUGAAAGUUGGGUUCUCGGCCGGUUUUGGCGAGUUUUGGUAUUCGAGUCGUGAAUCUCGUUGACGAAGAAUUCCCGUUUGCGAGAUGGAUUUGUCUGAUGUUAGCGAGGAGCUGGCUCUUAUCGAGGGGCAGAUCAACGAUGUCUUUCGGGCUUUAUCAAAUGGGUUUCAGAAACUGGAGAAGAUCAAAGACCCAAAUAGACGGAGUCGGCAGUUAGAAGAAUUGACUGACAAGAUGAGGGAAUGCAAGAGGCUUAUCAAAGAAUUUGAGAGAGCCGUGAAGGAAGAGGAGAGUCGAAAUACUCACAACACGAACAGGAUGCUGAACGAGAAAAAGCAAUCAAUGAUCAAAGAACUGAACUCUUAUGUUGCUCUGAAGAAGCAGCAUGCAAGUGAAAACAAACGAAUUGAUCUUUUUGAUGGCCCUGGUGGCGGAGAUGUGUUUGCAGAAGAAAAUGUUCGAUUGGCAUCAUCUAUGACCAAUGAACAAUUGAUAGAUUCUGGACACCGUAUGAUGGAUGAAACAGAUCAGGCAAUUGAACGAUCAAAGCAGGUUGUUGAAGAGACUAUCAAUGUUGGAGCAGAGACAGCGGCUGCUUUGAAGGCACAGACUGAGCAAAUGAGUAGAAUUGUGAAUGAAUUGGAUUCGAUCCAUUUUUCAAUGAAGAAGGCAUCCCAACUGGUGAAGGAACUUGGCAGACAGGUUGCAACUGAUCGAUGCAUAAUGGCAAUGCUUUUCCUGAUCGUCAUUGGUGUUGUAGCAAUCAUAAUUGUGAAGCUUGUGAAUCCAAAUAACAAAGACAUUUCGGAUAUUCCUGGACUUCCUCCUCCAGCCAAUCGAAAACUUCUUUGAUGUCUGCGGCAGUUGUAUUCUUUCACUCAUCAAUUUCUCCUGCUAUCAUUUGUCAUCCAGUUAGUAUUAUGACUGGAUAUAUUCUUUGUUUAUUUGUUGUAUCUGUCGUCACCACUUUUAAUGCUUUCUAUUGUUUGUAAUGGUGAA